UUUCUCACCCUGUGUGCAUUGUUAUCUCUGAGAUGAUCUCAUUAGCCUCUGGGGUUCUGAACUCCUUCAGAUCAUGGACUGUAUUGUUCCUACCUAUCUCCAUGCUCCCUUCCACCCACAAAGGCAGCCUAAGGGGGCAAUGGCUGCCAUUCAGCUCUGGUGAUUAUUGUUUUAGGAGUCUGUGGGCCCAGAUCUUGGGGGUUUUGAAGACAUUCAGAAAUCAGGCUUGAUCUGGGGUUUGGUAGGCCGUGCUGUGGUUGGCAGGAAUGGUGCUCCAUCUUCCAGGGGAGGCCUGCAGGCUGGGAGGUGAUAGCCACCUGCCCCAAGGCUUGCCUCAGCCAAGAUUCCUCCCCUUUGCCCUCCUCGGUUGUGGAAAUGCCCCUCUGGCUAUGAUGGCCAAACCUCUGGGGCAGAAAACACCACUCACCCCCAAGGCUGGUCCCAGGGAGCCAGGUGCACAGCCUCCAUAGGAUGCAUUUUGGGUCCAGAAAAAUCACAGAAAAACCAUUCAAUCUGAGUUAGGACCUUUCCCUAAAGGCAUGUGACCAUUGUUUCCAAAUCACUGCCCCGCUCCUAGCUUCAGAGGUCUCAGCUUCCUCUUCCAUUUUGAGUGGCAGCAGUGAUGACCAUAGGGGCCCAACCAGCAGGUCUCCGCACAGCCUCACCAGAAAUAAUAAGGCACCUGGCAGGUGGAACAAGUGUGGGGGCAGGAUAACCCCUUCCCACGAGGGGCCUAAGGAUAAGGGCUGUCAUGUGUUAAACACCUACUCUGUGCCUCUGGGCUCUGAAACAUAUCUGGCACCAGAGAACUUCCAGGUAGUAAAAGACUGAGGCUUUGAGAAAUUAAGCAAUUUGCCCAAGGUCACCCCCCGCACCCCCCCCCCCCCCGGGAGAGCUCUGAGGUUAAAACUUGAACCCAAUCUGCUUGACUCAGCUUGUCUGCCACACCAUGUCUCACACAUUCUAGACAGGGAUGGACAAGAGGAACCUAGAUAUUAACCCACUAAGUUGUUUUCUUAAAGACUUGAAUAAAUUCACACAAGAGACCUGUUAAGGACAUGUCACCCACCUGGCCUCAUAGGCUUGUGAGCUUCUCUGACCCCUGUGAGAUCCUCUCUCCCCAGACAGGCACAGUGUGUGGCCCAGUUGGGGAGCAGGAGCAGAAUCUGGAAGACAGGAGCAGCUUGGGUGAGUACCUGGGGACCUUUUGCGGCAGAGACUAAAACCUCCACUUGCUGAGAGACCUGAGACAGAACCCAGAGCUAGAAUGGGAGGUGGGAGCAUCUCAGUUCCAGACCUCAGGGCCUGGGGUUGCGGCCCCUCCCGGCCUCUGGCCUGGCUUUCCACUUGGCCUCAGUUCUUGGUCUCACAACUCUUCACAGUAAACCCCCGUGACCUGAGGGUUCCUGAGCACAUCUUUGUUCCUUGAACCUCAGUGCUGGGCACAUGAGGGGGGCCGAGUGGUUGGUUCCCUGACAUAGUCAUUCUAGGGGUGUUGGGAGUCGCUGUAGCGCCAGAAAAAAAUCUCCUUGGGAAGCUGUGCAGCCUUGGAUGGCAGGUGGCUGGGGUGGCCUCUGCCAGCUCCCUUUGCUCCAUCCCUGGGUCAUGUCUGAAGCAACUGAGCUGUCCUUGUCAUCUGGAAGGGGGGACACUGCUGGCUGGAGCCCCAGGGCUAGAGCCUGUAUGUCCCCUGAGAAGCUGGUUACCAGCCUACCCUGAGCCAAACUUUGCUUUUGGGGCUCUGGCGGGACCUGUUUGUCAAAGGUGCCUUCCUAACACAACCUUCCCCUGGAGGCUCACUUCUCCUUCCUCACACCUCAGUUUCCUCAUCUAUAAAAUGAAGAGUUUAGACUUCUCAAAAGAUGUUUGAGAAGAACUAUUUUCUCAGACAUCUACACCAAAGUUCAGUAUUCAACAUAAAGGUACUGUGUUGUGUUUUUUUAACAUUUAUUUAUUUAUUUAUUUAUUAUUUAUUUAUUUAAUUUUGAGAGAGAGUGAGCAUGAGUUAGGGAGAGGCACAGAGACAGAGAGAAUUCCAAGCAGUGUCAGUGCAGAACCCGACCACGUGGGGCUCAAACUCAUGAACCAUGAGAUCAUGACCUGCACUGAAAUCAAGAGGGGAAUGCUUAACCGACUGAGCCACCUAGGUGCCCCGGUAUUUCGUCUUAUUUUAUUAUUCAAAAUUGGUAAGAUGUACUCAUUAAAAAGGCAAUCAGUAAGAAGUCAGAGGCUGUUAGGAUGAACAGGAUAGUUGCUAAUUUACACCAAACUCUGCUUCCAGUUGAUUCUACCUUUUUUGGGGUUGCACAAUAUGGACAAGAUCAGGAAAAUUAUGAUCACAGAGUUAGUAGUUAAAAUAGUUCAUUUAUUAAGCUAAGCCUGCAAUCUCAGGAUACUGAAAGAGGAAUAGUAAAGUUGUGUUAUUUUAAAGUUGAAUCAGCAGCAAUAUAUUAGGUUGGACCAUAUAUAAUUGCCAACAACCCGCCGUUUUGACUUAGGGCAAAUUCUUUUAAUUCAGUAAAUAAUAAUAGCUGACAUUUAUUUACUGUGUGCCAGGCCCAUGCACUUUGGAAGCAUGAUCUUUCAAUCCACACACAGCGCUCUGCUCUGCUGAUAAGGACCCUGAGCGAGGGGAGCUGUCUGAGCUUGCCUGGGUGACCUUAGCCUCUGGGUGACGCCAUCCUGGCGACCUUGCUCUGGCAGUGCUAGGUUGUUGGGCCCCCCUCGGUCUAGUCUGCCUCCUCCCACCGCUGCCGGCCAGGCCAGGUCGAGUCCCGCAGGAAGAAUCCAGCUUCUGUGCCUCGGCGGCGCCCACAAGCCCAGGAGCUGUUUGUUUCUUAAACGGGUUAACCACCUCCUGAGCAGCGUCCAGCCUGCCUAGUGAACGCGGCUUUGCGUGCCUGUGCGGAGGGCCCCCGAGGGCCAGGGCCCAGCCACCGCGGGAGCUGUGGUCCGUCCCACCUGCCCCGCCCCCACCCAGAGAGGCUCACCAGAUCGAGCCCAAGAGGGGAACACCUUUGCCCCCAGCCCUUGCUGCCCUCUGCUUGGCCACCAUCCUCAUCUCCAAGAGCUGGCGUGGGAGUCAAGAGACUGGUGUCUACAACGUGGUCCCCAACCCGGAGCAGCACUGGUACAGGGGAAGUUGUGAAAACCCGCACACGAUGAGGCUCCACGCCAGGCCCAAGCACUCAGGAAACUGGGCUCAGAGCCCUAUUUGAGAUUUAACAGGACUUGUAGGUGAUGAUGAUGCCUGCGGAGGUUGGAGAACCACCGCUCUAUAAUCUGAUGUGGAAAUACUUUGGCCAAGUUGGUGUGUGACCGACCAGUACUUUUAAGCCCCCUUCCCUUAGAAACUUGGAAAUUAAAGUCAUGUGUUAGAGAGUGAUGGAGAAAAGACAGAGGCUUGCACACUAAAACUCAUUCUAAAAACAAGUCACUUUGAGGGUCUACAUAGUGGGUGGGACUCAGCUCAGUGUUCAUAGACUGAGUGGGCCAGUGCUUACAGCAUACAGAAAAUAAGUUUUCCUUCGAUUACAACAAGUGCUUUGGAGUUUACAUUAUGUCACGUAUUCCCCUUUACAGGAAAAUAUUCUCCAUAGCUUGUUUUAUCUCCCCAAAGACAUCCCAAAAUGUCUGCAAGCCAAGGAUCUUGUUUUUCUUCAUUUGGAUCUUCACUCAUGGCCACGGAACACUGAAGAAUCAGGAGCUGCAGGUUUCCUACCAGAUGUUUUAUAAGUCAGGUGCAUCAAAUCUCCCUGUAUAACUGGUGCUGGGAAUCCAUUAAUUUGAGGCGUCUCAGGAACACCUGAAAACUAAGCAGAUAAACGAGGUGUGUUCAACAGUCUGCGACGGAGCAACGAUGAGAGGUGUCCGGAUCUGAAGGUGGGCAGAGGAUUCCUGUUGUUAUUCCUCUAACUCCUCCCUUCCUGCCUCUCUCCCAGGCCUUCCCUCCUCUCCCCAACAUCUCCUCCCCCGAUUCAGUCAGAAAGGCUUUCAACCAACAAAUGUUUGAGUGUCUCUUACAUUCUUGGUGCCAGGGCAGCAACCACUGACAAGACACUGGCCUGAUGGCCCUCAGAGCCUGGGGCAGAGUCGGGAAAACCAGGGAGACCCACAAUAAACAAACAGUAACUACGUAACUAAGUGCAGAGACAGGGUGAUAUGAUAGGGUAAGUGGACAGGAAGGAAGGUCUCUUUGAAGAGGUGAGUUUUAGGCCAAGAGCUGGAAGUUCUAGGCUAAACCCACCAGGUGAGGAGUCACAGCAGGCACAAAGGCCCUAAGGCAGGAAAGAGCGAGUUGGGUUUGAAGAACUGGAAGGUCACUGGCUGGGGCCUGGUACACGAAGGGGAAGGAGAGGAAAUGAGAUGAGAGGUGGAGGCUGGGCUAGGUCACUUAGAGCUCUGUAGAUUGUGGUAGGGAGGGGAUGUUUUCUUCAAAGUACAACACGAAAGAAGCCUUCAUAAGGUUUGAAGCAGUUGCUUUGAUGGUGGUUUGUGCUGCUAGGUAGACAAUGGACCUUGUGUGAGAGAGGGAGGCAAGGAAAAACAGGGAGAUCGAUUAAGAGAUGUAGCAGUUUUCUAGAUGGUAGGGCAGUCAUUAGGACAGGUGACCGAGAAGCUUAGAGGUCUGAGGUCCUGGGAGAGGACCCACUGGUCAGUAGACAAGGAGAACAGGGUCUUUGAGUGUGGGGGCUCCAAAGUACAAGGAAAUGAAAUCUCAGCACUUCUGUUCACAGUGGGUGGUUUCCCUUCCGGGAAGUUUCACCUUCCUGAUUCUGGGGCUUUUGUGAGAUGGAACUUGGGGGAAGAAAGCGUGGGGCAUAAUAUUGGUGAGACCUGCUUGCCUUCUUUGGGGUCACCCUCUCACCUUCUCUCUAGGGGCAGAACUGGGUGGGGGGUGGGGAGAGAUUCUGCUCCAGCUCAGAAGCACCUCUGCACUAGCAGGGGAGGGAGGGAGUCAGUGAUCCCCCAACUGCCAGCCUCUACCCCUAAGGCAGGUGCUCUGUUUCCUCCUUCCCACCUUGAGGCCUCCAGCCCUCCCUCCCUCCACUGUCUGCUUGGGCCUUUGUUGGGGGAAGUCAGGGGAGUUGAGGACUCUGUUGAAUGGGACAGAUCUCUUAUGGCUGAAGUGUAGGGGGGCUUAGUAGGGGAGCAGAGGCCCUUUCUAGCCCAAGGGGUCAGAGAGUUCUGGAUUAAAUCCUGCCACAUACCCAGGAAGGCCCUGCCCAGAGGGGUGGGCAGUAGCAGCCUAGUGCCAUCUCCCACAGUCCCUCUUCCCCGUUUAUUGCCCUGUACACACACCACCUACCUCUGCCUCCAGGACAAGCCCUCAAGCUGCCAGUUUCUCAGCACCUGCUAUGCUGAGGGCUUAACAGGGAUCAUCUCCAUUUCCAUACACCCUGCUUAGGCAUAGUAUUCAAUUUUGCAGAUGAGAACAGGUCUAAACAGUUCAGGAAAUCCAAGCUAUCUGACCCUCAAAGCAGAGCUCAGGUCCCUAAACUGCUUCAUCCAGGCAAACUGGAUCUGAAGAAGGUUGGGGCUGAAAGAUGAAUGAAUGAAUGAAUGCAUGCAUGCAUGAAUGAAUGAAAUGAAGGGGCUUGUGGAUGGUGGGAGAGGUGGACAUCAAAGAGAAAUUGGCCCAAGCCCUCCCCAGGCGUGGCCGCGCUCCCAGGGUCCAGGUGAAAGGUGGAGGAAAGGAGAUGGGCGGCAGCCUGGUCUAGGGGAAGGGUGUGAGGAUCUCAAAGAACAUCCUUGAUUGGCCCCCAAGGUCGGCGCCUAGGUCUGGGCCCCGCGUCCCUUCCUGCCGAGCGCCCACAGGCUCUAGUCCUUACUAGGCGCUCAAUAAAAAGUAGGUGAAAUUUUGGCUCGUCUACGGCUGUUAGCGGGCACUCAGAAAAUGUUGACAAACAGCUGGCUCUCCGCCGCUGAAGGGUCCCCACCUGCGGCCCACUAGACUCGAGGGGCGGUAUCCUAUCCCACCUCCCCCCGCGCUGCCUAAUCAGCCCCUCGCAGGACUCGGCGGCGCGAGGGAACGCCCGGGGCGGGGCCAGCUUGGGGCGGGGCCUGCGAGCCCGAGGAGGAGGGGCCGGGCCCGCUGGGGUCGGUGAUCUACACCCGGAGAGUUCGCGCUCCGAGCGUUGCGCUCGGAGGGGCUCGAGCCGUGGCGCGGAUGCUGGAAGUUCACAUCCCGUCUGUGGGACCUGAGGCCGAGGAUCCCAGGCAAAGCCCAGAGAAAGGCCACAUGGUGUUCCGAGUGGAAGUAUUGUGCCGCGGGCGCAGGCACAUCGUGCAGAGGCGCUACAGCGAGUUCCACGCGCUGCACAAGAGGAUCAAGAAACUGUACAAAGUGCCCGACUUCCCCUCAAAACGCCUGCCCAACUGGAGGACCAGAGGACUGGAGCAGCGGCGGCAGGGCUUGGAGGCCUAUAUCCAGGGUGUCCUGUACCUGAACCAGGAUGUGCCCAAGGAAUUACUGGAAUUCCUGAGCCUUCGGCACUUCUCCACAGACCCUAAGGCCAGCAACUGGGGCCCGACAGCCGCUCACAGCGGGUCUCCUCUUUUCAGCGCCUUGGGGGAGUUCCUGCCCAAGAACAGCAGGCAAGUGGAAGCCCCACCCCCCCGCCCCCAAUUCCCCGCCCGACUCAGGCUGCCCCCUAGUGGCCUUGUGCCUGCUGGUGUCUGGCCUCUCCCAGCAGUCCAGCUCCCAGCUCCACCACCGGCCUGUCAUGAGCUUCUGCAUGGAUCCCUACGUUUGCAUUCCAUCCCCAGAGCCUCUGUCCAACAUGGUGGUGAAUGGCGUGCUCCAGGGCCUCUAUGGCUUCAGCACCAGCUCAGCUAAAGCCCAUUCCGAGGCUCCCUGUCACCCUGCUCCUUUGCCACCGAUGCCCUGACCAGCCCAGAGGUCUGUGGGCCACCUGCCAGGACAGGCAUGUGCCUCAGUGUAUGAGCCCCCUUCUCAGAGGCUGGGUCCCCCUUGGCCCGGACCCAGGAUUUAACCACCCCAGAUGCCAGGGCAGGGACAACAGGGGAUAAGGAAUAAAGGGAGAAGUCCAAUUUAGAGGUAGGCUUUGAAAAGAGACUGGUGUAUUUCUUCACCUACCCCAGAAAGGGGCAGGAGACAAGCAAAGGUUGAGGCACAGUAGUGGCAAAGGUUAGAAACGAGGAGUAAAAGCUCCUGCUUGCAACUUUAUAGGCAGUGUCUAGAGAAAGGGGUCAGACCAGAGCCUCAGAUGGGGACAGGCACCCCCUGCCCCAAGAGUCCCAGACAUGCUGGGACAGAGACUUGAGCAGGUGUUGGAGGCCCAAGAACUCAGCCCACACUGGUUUAAAAAAAAACAAACCACCUCUUUUUUUUAUUGGUCAGCAUGGAUAGGAGUUUGUUACAAAACCGGGCCUGGAGGCCUAUGGAAUGUGAGGUGAGGAGUCCACUCCGUCAGAUGCCAGCACUAGGGCCAGUGCAGCAUGGAGCCGUGUGGCGGGCCAUCUUUACCCACCCACCCCACCCCCUCCCUGGAGGGCAACAGGGCCGCACAGAUGGUGGCUCAAAGGGAAGAAGUCCCUGGGGGCCUACUCCUUGGCGAUGGCAAAGGGCUUCUCCACCUCAAUCUUGCCACAGUCUGCGAUUGUCACAUCCUUCAGGGGCUUGUCCCGACUGUCUGUCUUGGUGCUCUCCACCUUCCGCACUACCUCCUAGAAAGGAAGGCAGAAGCAGUAAAGCAGAGAGGUCAGGAGGUCCCCCUAUCAAGGGAGACAGGCCUCACAAUAUGGCCAGGGAGGGAUGAGAUGCCCCCAUGAAUAGCAUGCCAAGCUCCAGGCACCAAAAUCCUAAUAGAACCAUAGCCAGGUGACAGGGCAGGGAGAACCCAGAAAAUGCAAUAGUUUUGAUCCCUGAAGUACGAGCCAGGCUGAGCUAAGGGCAAGGAGGAAGAAAAAGGUGGCUGGGGAGUGGGCACCAAGUGGCUUCUCAGGGACAUCAUGUUAAGCCAUGUCCUGUACAAGUCAGGGUGGUGCCUGCACAUCACUAGGUGAAAUGGAGGCACCUGCACCUGUACAGCCUCAACAGGCCUCCUCCCGAGCCUGUGCCUGGAGCUGGAAGAACUGAGAACUUGGGGGCAUAGAGUAGUAGGGUAGUUCUUAAUUCCCCCCAAGUUUGUAAACAUGAACAGUGGUGUGAAUCUGGGUCCCCUUUUGGGAAAACGAUAAAAUAUACGGUGCUUUCCUGAUGAGAGCUGUCCAAGUUUAGCCCCUGAAACUCACCAUGCCUUCCAGAACUUUGCCAAACACUACGUGCUUGCCAUCUAGCCAGGCUGUCUUAACCGUAGUGAUGAAGAACUGGGAGCCGUUGGUAUCUUUGCCUGCAUUGGCCAUGCUCACCCAGCCAGGCCCGUAGUGUUUUAGCUUGAAGUUCUCAUCAGGGAAGCGUUCACCAUAGAUGCUUUUACCUGGGAAGAAAGAGUAGGUCAGGGAGCUGGGUAGGCCCAAACCAAGCAGAUCUUUGGGGUGAGGAUGCCAGGGACUCAACCUGACCUCUGUGCCAGGCCAGGCUCAAAUGGAUUAUAAGGACAUAAAAGCUGUGCUCUUCCUACCCUCUGGUCUUGGAGCCAAAUCAUGCUGACAGACCAAGUGGGGCACGAUGCCAGGCUGAUUUAGUGAACAGCUCACCUGAUCGAUUACUUUGAGAAUAGACUUUAGUGGCUUUUAAAUAAGGCACAGAUCAACAGCUACCCUUAGCUAUGGCCUGAGAGGUCUGCCAUAGGAACUUUGAGGGACUUUGGUGGAGAGAGGUGCUGUGCAGGGGACAUGGGACGGUAAGAGCUCUCCAGAAGAAGAGGACAGCUUUUGUUCCUAAUGGCACAAAAGAUACUGAGAGGAGGCGGGAGGGGCUGCCAUUUGGGUUCUGGAAAAUCAAGAACCUCUUAUUAAUGAACACAAAAUAAAAGCUGCCUGUUGA